UUUUAGAUUUAAUUUCUUUUCCAGAAUUAUCCUUAUUUCAAAAAGAAAUGUCUUCUUCUUCUUAUAUAUUAUUUGAUAACAGCAGUGGAAGUUCUAAUUCUUUACAUGAAAGUGUUGAACUUCGAUCGAGAUCUAAAAAUCAACAUUCUUCAAAUACAGCAACAGAUCCUUGGCGUCAAGAAUCUCCACAUUCAAAUGGUUCUUCUCGUCUUCAAUUAUUAGAACAUAAUGUUAAAAAUGGAGAAAGUUUAAUGCAAAUAUCUUUACUUUAUUCUGUUCCGGUAUCAGAAAUUAAACGUGUAAAUAAUAUAGUUGCUGAUCAAGAAAUAUAUGCAUUUCCAGUAAUUAAAGUUCCCUUAAGCCGAACAUAUUUAUUAAAAAGACAAUUAAUCGAGCAACAACAAAGUAACCAAUUAAUUGAAAUUGAAGGGGAAAAACAAAAUAUUUCUUCAGAAAUUGGAAAUGGACAAAUUUUGAAUUUAAAUUUACAAAAUGAAAAUUUAAUGGACUCUAUUCCACUUAAAUCUUCACAAAAUUCUUUAAAUGGAUCAGAAAAUAGCCAAAAUUCACCAAAAUAUGCCCGCCAAACAAUUGAAGGAAUUUUAGACGAAGCUGAUAAAACAGUUGCAGCUAUUAGACAAAAUUUGCCUUCUCCCUCACUUGAAGGGGGACAAUUCCAUUUUGUUGAUGCUGGAGUUCCUGAUAAUUCUUCAAAUAUGUGGAUAAUAUUAAUAAUUGUAAUUGUUAUUUUUGUAUUACUUCCAUUGGGACUAACUUUACUUGAAGAAGCUGGGGAAUUAGGUGAAGAACGUCAAUAA